AUGGCAAACAGCAAGGCGACCAACGAAACAAUCCCAGGCUUCGAGCUCAUUGCUCCUUCUAUAUGGGAGCUUGAUCCGAGAUCCGCAUCCGUUUUUCCUCGUCUCUCGUCGAACGACCUUGUGGCACCGUCGCUCAUUCUGCUAUGCACUUGGACAGGAGCCCAAAACCGAUAUAUCGCCAAAUAUACAGCAGAGUACCGAACUCUUUUCCCUUCAACACGGAUCAUGGUUAUCACCACUUCCGCAAAAGAUCUCUGCUUCAGAAACUCCGCUCGCAAACAGUGGCGCAUGAGACCUGCAGUAGAAUGCAUUUCCAACUACCAAUACCUGCCCGACCAAACGGCCGAGAAUGGUAUUCUGCUACACGUCUUUUCCGAAGGUGGAAGUAACAAAGCCUGUGAAUUAGCAGAGGCUCACUACAGGUUCACUGGAACACGACUUCCGGUCUCAGCACUAUGUCUAGACAGUACACCGGGUCAUCCACGAUACCUGCGUUUAUGCGAAGCCCUCAACAAGUCACUACCCCAGAUACCGGUCUUGCGGCACAUUGCUAUAUUGUUCGCCAGUCUAGUGCUAGGCUGCAUAUGGAUAUUAUACACCGGUAUCAAAGGGUUUGAGAAUAACGUCAUUAGCCGAACUCGACGACGUAUCAACGAUCCUACCUAUUUUGAUCCCUCGGCGCCACGUUGCUACCUCUAUUCAAAGAACGAUACGUUAAUCGCGUGGCAAGAUGUAUACGAACAUUUGGAGCAAUCCGAAAACACUGGUAUCUCUGUUAUAGACGUGCCAUUCGAGACUAGUGAGCAUGUUGGGCAUGCGAAGGCAGACCCGCGGCGGUAUUGGGAUGCUGUCAUGGCGAUAUGGCAGGAAGCACAAACUAGGGAGAAGCAAACACCUUAUAUCACGUUAUCUGAGACAGGUUGCGUAGUUUUGGACCUACCAAAAUUUCCAGAAUUUUCUGAAAGGGAGUGGAAAGAUACUGACUCCCUACGCGAUUUUUGA